AUGCCAUUUGUUGGUGAUCACUGUAAAAAUUUAGCAAGUCUUGAAUGUGAAUUUGACGACGAUUUAUUAACUCAUAAUGCUGGUCACUUUGUUCAAGCAUUUACACAUGAAGAAUCAAUAAUUGCCAUUUCAAACAAUUGUAAAAAACUUAAACGUUUAGAAAUUCCUCGAUGCAUUAUAGUACCAUCUAUUGAUGGUGAGCCACUUUCUUCUCCAUCUGUUCUUGAUGAGUUAUCAAAAUUACAAUGCCUUGAACAUCUAAACUUGUCUCAUUCAAAAAAUCUUCAAGAUAGUACAAUUAUUGCUAUUGCUAAUCAUUGUAAAAACCUAAAAAGUUUAGAUAUCCAAUGUUGCACGAGUCUUACUGAGACAGCUCUCGUUGCUUUAACAAACUUCAAAAAUUUACAAAAACUUAAUGUAAAUCAUAUUAAUACUAUUACAGACAGCUUUAUUAUAAAAUUGAAAGGAUUGAAAGAAUUGCAUUGUAAUCAAUGCAAGAAACUUACUAAUGCUGGUGUUAUUCAACUUAUAAAAAAUAAUCCAGAUCUUGAACUUCUUGAUGUCUAUUACAUUGACAAUAUAACAAUUGACUUGAUUAUUGCUGCUGAUCAGGCAACUAAAAAUCGCUUCAGCGUAGACGAGCUAACUCUUCAAGAAAUAUCAGAAGCAACAACACUUGUUCAUCUUGACAUUGAACUAUAUGAUAAACACAUAGGAUUUCCUCUAUUCGAUAAACUCGAUAAUUUAGAAUAUAUUAAAAUAGAGAGUAAAGCAAAAAAUAUAAGAGAUAGAGACGUUUCUACUAAAGUAGCCAACACUAUUUUUCGUAAGUGCAAAAAUCUAAAACAUGUUGAUAUUGCAAAUGACUUUUGUGAUCUUACUAAAAUUCCUUUGACAAAAUGGAAAAACUCAAAAAAUUUAGAAUAUCUUACUUUAUCUUGCUAUGAAGUAUUACCUGAUUUAGCAGAUACAAUUGUUAAAUAUUGCAAAAAUUUAAAACACUUGUGCGUGAAUCCUGUAUGUGAUGAUAUAGAAGCAAAUGUUGUAAAAAAGUUGACAAAAUUGGAAAAUCUUGAAGGUUUGGAGAUGAGCGCUGCAAACUUCAGUGAGGAAGCAAUAAUCGCAAUUUCAAAAAAUUGUAAAAAACUGAAACUUUUAGAAAUUGAAGGGUGCACUAUAUUAUCAACAGGUAUUGAUGGUGAGCCACCUUCUUCUCCAUCUGUUUUAAAUGAGUUAUCAAAAUUACAAUAUCUUGAACAUCUAAACUUGAAUUAUACAGAUAAUAUUGAAGAUAAUACAAUUAUUGCUAUUGCUAAUAAUUGUAAAAACCUCAAAAGUUUACAUAUCUAUAAUGACCGUGAUAAUAUUACUGAAACAGCUUUCGUUGCUUUAACAAAGUUGGAAAAUUUAGAAAUACUAAACGUAGGUUCUCGUAAUAUUACAGACAGCUUCAUUAUCAGUUUAAAAGGGUUAAAAGAAUUGCAUUGUGCUCAUUGCAAGAAUCUUACUGAUACUGGUAUUAUUCAAUUCAUAAAAAAUAAUCCAGAUCUUGAAAAGAUCAAUAUCUGUUAUACAAAGAAUAUUACAAUUGAUAUGGUUAUUGGUGCUGAUCAGGCAACUAAAAAUCGUACCAAUGAAUAUCCAAAUCAUGAAAAUGAUUAUUCACCGCCAGCAAGUGAAGAAUCAUUGCCUGAAUAUAGAAGAUCAUCACCAUCUAGAAAACGUCGUUAUUCACCAUACUACAACAAAAGUGAAUUUACUGGUCUAACAUACUGGGAAAGUAACAGACAUAAAAGCCGUCGUUAUUCAGACGAUGAUACUGAUAACUAUGUUAUUGGUAAACGUUUUUAUGGUGGUGAAAGUAAACACUCAUCUCGUAAGGAUGGUAAACAUGACACAGAAUCAGAAAAAAAAGAUCCAUCAGUAAUUCCACCUUCUCAAAAACGAACUGUUGAUCUUUUGACAUCAAAAACAGGUGGUGCAUAUAUUCCACCAGCUAAACUACGACUUAUGCAAUCACAUAUUAAUGACAAAAGUGGUGCAGCUUUUCAGAGAAUAUCUUGGGAAGCAUUAAAAAAAUCUAUUCAUGGACAUAUUAACAAAGUAAAUACUAGCAACAUUGGAUUAAUUGUUCGAGAACUUCUUAGAGAAAAUAUCAUUCGUGGACGUGGUUUGUUGACUCGCUCAAUAAUCCAAGCACAAGCAGCUUCACCUACGUUUACUCCGAUAUAUGCAGCUCUCGUUUCUGUUAUAAAUUCCAAAUUUCGUGAUAUUGGAGAAUUAUUAUUGUCAAGACUAGUCAACCAGUUUCAACGAGCAUUUAGACUCAAUAAUAAACCUCUUUGUAUUUCAUCAGGAACAUUUAUUGCACAUUUAGUUAAUCAAAAAGUUGCUAAUGAAAUAAUUGCACUUGAUUUAUUGGAAUUACUUGUUGGUUCACCAACAGAUGAUUCAGUUGAAGUUGCAAUUGCUCUUUUAAAAGAAUGUGGUAUGAGAUUAACUGAAGUUUCAAAAAAAUGCGUUGAUAUUAUUUUUAAUAUGUUAAGAGAUAUUCUUCAUAAAGGUAAUCUUGAUAAAAGAGUGCAGUACAUGAUUGAAGUUAUCUUUGAAGUAAGAAAAGAUGGAUUCAAAGAUCACCAAGCCGUUCCUGAAGAAUUGGAUCUUAUUGAAGAAAAAGAUCAAACAACUCAUGUAAUAAGUUUAGAAGAAACUGUAGAUUCAAAAGAUGUUUUAAAUGUAUUUAAAUUUGAUUUUGAUUAUAUUACAAAUGAAAAUAAAUACAAAGAAUUGUCGAAUAAACUUUUAGGCUUGGAUGAUGAGUCGGGAAGUGAUGGAGAUGAUGAUGACAAUGACAAAGAUUUAGAUACUGAAAAUUCUGAUGAAGAAAAUAAAAGUAAAGAGGGUGUUAUUAUUGACAGUACUGAGACAAAUUUACAAACAUUAAGAAGAACAAUUUAUCUAACAAUUUACUCAUCUGUAUCACCUGAUGAAUGUACUCAUAAACUUUUAAAAAUGCAAAUGAAACUAGGCCAAGAAAUUGAACUUUGUCAUAUGAUUCUUGAUUGUUGUGCUGAAAUGAGAACUUAUGAAAAAUUUGUUGGUCUUCUUGCUGGACGUUUUUGUGCUAUUAAUAAAAUUUAUAAAAGUUCAUUUGAAAAAAUAUUUAAAAAUUCAUACGAAACAAUUCAUCGACUUGAUAUGAAUAAAUUACGCAAUUUAUCAAAAUUUUUUGCUCAUUUAUUAUAUACGGAUUCAAUUAGUUGGGGUGUAUUGAAUUGUAUUAAAUUAAAUGAAGAAGAUACAACCAGUUCAAGCAGAAUAUUCAUCAAAAUUUUAUUUCAAGAAUUAUCUGAAAUAAUGGAACUUCCAAAGCUCAAUGCAAGAGUUAAAGAUGUCACUCUACAAGAUGCAUUUGAUGGAUUAUUUCCUCGUGAUGAUCCUAAAAAUACAAGAUUUGCUAUCAACUUUUUCACAUCAAUUGGUCUAGGAGGAUUAACUGAUGAUCUUCGAGAGCAUCUUAAGACAAAACCAAAAACUGUUAUCCAUACCAAUAUUAAAGCAUCAUCUAGCUCUAGCUCAUCAUCUAGCUCUUCAUUAUCAUCUUCUGAUAGUUCAAGUAGUUAA